AUGCCAUCCAAGAAGACGAAGAUGCGCAAGGCCAGCCUCGCAACAUUCUGUAUAGUUGCUCUCGCUGCUCUUGCCCGCGCGGACGAUGCGUCCAGCAAACGCGGUGAUAUUCUCGAGACAAUAGACCCUGCCGUAGAAGCAUCUAGGGCGUACAAGCAAGCGGUGUCCACCCUUGCCACCUUGACCGCCCUACCACCAAUGCAGUCUGAAGAACCCUCCCACCACUCCUCCGGAUACCCGCUCUCGUCCUUCCUGCCAAGCAUCCAGGGUCAAGGCCCGAUCGCCAGUGCUAUGCGAAUACUGGUCAAGCUCAAGAACCACUCGUGGCUGCCGUCCGUGGUGACGGACUACCUGGGCAGAGAGCUGUCAAACGGGAGGAGACGAGAAGAGGAAGCGCGGGGGAAGGCGGUGAAGGUCAUCGACCUCCUACAACACGCGGCGGAGCUGGGGCACUCGGACGCGAUGUAUACCCUCGGGCAGAUAUCCCUUUUCCCGCCAAAUACCUACUUUCCCGCUGACCCCACGACCGCGUACGAGUCGUUCGACACGCACGCGCAACUCACCGGAAACGCGUCCUCUCAAGCCAUGAUCGGGUUCUUCCACAGCACGGGCUACCACAGCGUCGUCCCCGUCGACCAAGCCAAGGCGCAGCUCUACCUUACCUUUGCUGCUCACGGGAACCACAAGGGCGCACAAAUGGCGCUAGGUUACCGUUAUUGGUCUGGAAUAGGCGUCGCAGAGAACUGCAUGAUUGCGCUCGACUGGUAUGAAGACGCCGCGGAGCAAGCUAUGGCGAAAUUCCUCUCAGGACCCCCUGGUGGUCGGACAUUACCCCUGCUACCACCGCGACUGUCAGACCUGGUCGGUGGUGUAUACGGUCCUGGCGCGAGUGUUGCGUCUACUGGACUGAACGCUGGUCGCGCUGUCAUCAAGACCGCGAACGCCCGUGCUGCUGGAGAGACCUGGGAGGACCUGUUGGAAUACUACCUGUUCAAUGCAGACCGCGGAGAGAUCGACUUCGCCUACCGUUUAGGCAAGAUCUUUUAUCAGGGCAGCAUUUACGGCGCGCCCGGCGGAGUCGCCUCUGGGGGCGACGGUGCGAGCGCGAUCCCCAGGGACUUGCACCGCGCGCGGUACUACUUCCUGCGCAUCGCGCGGCAAGUCUGGCCGCGCGACCCCGCGAAUCCCCGUCAGCCGCACGUCUCCACGAAGGAAGAGGGCCACGUCUCAGUCGGCUAUGCCGCGCCCGCAGCGGGGUACCUCGGGCGGAUGUACCUGCGCGGCGAGGGUGUGAAGCAGGACGCGGUGAUGGCGAAGAUGUGGUUCGAGCGCGGCGCGGAGUACGGCGACAAGGAGAGCCACAACGGGCUGGGCAUCAUCUGGCGCGACGGCCUGGUCGACAGCAAGAAGGAUCUGAAGCGGGCCAUGGGCCACUUCGCGGCCGCCGCGACGCAAGAACUCGCGGAGGCGCAGGUCAACAUCGGGAAGUACCACUACGAGCGCGGGGACUUGAAGCUCGCGACCGCAUACUUCGAGACCGCGCUGCGCCAGGGCUCACCAUUUGAGGCGUACUACUACCUCGCCGACAUCCAGGCCAGGCAGGCGCGCGCGUCGAUGAUCCCGCCCGAGAUCGCGGGCAGCUCCUGCGCGAUCGCGGUGUCGUUCUACAAGCUGGUCGCGGAGCGCGGCACGUGGGAAGACAACCUGCUCAAGGACGCGGACGACACGUGGAACCUGGGCACGGAGCGCGGGAGCGAGAUGGCGAUGCUGCGGUGGUGGGUCGCCGCAGAGCGAGGAUACGAGGUCGCGCAAAAUAACCUCGCCUACGUGCUUGACCAAGACAAGAGCAUUCUCCGGUUCACUCGCUUCGCGCCGUACUCACCUUCGAACGACACCGCCCGCCUGGCUCUGACGCAGUGGAUCCGGUCAGCUGCCCAGCGGAACGUCGACGCGCUCGUCAAGGUCGGCGACUACUACUAUCAUGGCCUUGGCGUGCCAGACGAACCUGAGGACGUGCGGUGGGAGAAGGCCGCUGGAUACUACCAGUCCGCGGCGGACACCCAGAUGAGCGCGCUCGCGAUGUGGAACCUGGGCUGGAUGUACGAGAACGGCAUCGGGGUACCGCAGGACUUCCACCUGGCGAAGCGGCACUACGAUCUGGCGUACGAGACGAACAGCGAGGCUUACCUCCCUGUCCUCAUGUCUCUGAUCAAGCUUCACGCACGGAGUCUUUGGCAUACACUCAUGGGUGGCCAGAACGGUCUGAGCUUCUGGGAAGGCGAUGAGGACGAUGGCCGGUCAUACUAUGACGACCCGGAUGCCAAAGAGAUCGAUGGCGCAACAGAUCCAAGCGGUGGACAGCCAGCUCUUGACGAGGCCGAGGAGUCGGACGACGGCCCGUGGUAUAUUGGCAAGGCGCGCGACGAGUUCAACCGGCGCAAGCGUGGCCAGAACCAAGAGCGGGCAGGACGGGAAGAGGAGGACCCAGUGCAGUGGGCACGCGAACGUCGUCAGGCCGAGGCAGAUCGGGACGGCGACUUUGGUCCCGAGGACUACUUCGAUGCAGCGAUGCGCGGGAACCGAUACCGCGAAGAGGAGGACGCGGACGAGUUCGCAGAGACGAUGCUCCUGGUGGUGCUGUGCCUGCUAGUGUCAGUGCUGCUGUAUGUGCGCGGGCGAUGGGUCGAGCGGCUGCGGCAGGAGGAGGAGCAGCGGAGACAGGCGAAUGGGCAGCCUCCAGUCCAGCAACAGCGAGGUGUGUUCCCGCCGCCGGGCGAUGCUGCACAGGAGGACUGGGCGAUUCUGCGAUGA